AUUUAAUUGAAGAAUUAGAAAAAAAUUUUAAAUAUUCGAUGAUGUAUCAAAUACUUGAUACAAAGUUGAAGAAUCCUAAUCUCUGUGAUGGAUUAACAGAAGAAAAUUAUUACUGGUAUCUGUUAAAAAUAGAAAAAUUAUAUGAAAGAAAAGGUAGUAAUAAGUGGACUCAAAAAGAUAAUGAAAAAGCUCACAAGUUACUAAAAAAAUACACAGAAAAUAACAAAAUAAGACACUGGAAAAAAGCUGAUAACAAACUAAGAAGUAUAUAUUUAAAUUUACCGGAUGAAAUUAAAAAAGAUCAAAAAGAAAUUUUUGAAAAUAUAAAUGAAUGGUGGAAUAGAA